GGGCCAGCCCACACUACUUAUACUGAAUCUUCACACUAGUUUUCGUACUUGCGAGUAUCCUCCCAAACUUUCGAUCAUCUUCCCUAUGAUGAUGAGAGAGAAGGAAUGAAGGGAGAGAAAGAUGGACGGCGAGGUCCCCUGCUCUUCUCUCGCCGUCGAUUCCGUUCUACGCGUCGGAACGGCCGGUGUAAUCUGGGGACUGUGUGUGGGCCCCUACGAUGCUAACAAGCGAGGCCUUACUGGUAUUGCUCGUGCUUCCUACGUGGCGAAUUCAGCUGGAAGAUUCGGCUCUAUGUGUGGAGUGUUUGCUGGAGUCUUUUCUCUUACACGUUGUGGGAUUCAGAGAUAUCGAAAUAAGAAUGAUUGGGUAAAUGCUUUGGUAGCUGGUGCUGUAGCAGGAGCAGCUGUUGGUGCUGGUACCCGAAACUGGAAACAGGUUGCUGGGAUGGCUGGUGUUAUAUCAGCCUUUUGUGCUAUUGCUGAUAGCUCCAGAACAAAUUGAAUUUUACUGCCUCCUUUAGAAGAAGGCUGCAGUGGAAAAACAGUAAGGGACAGAUACAUAACCCUAACCUUUUUUGUUUUGGCAGAGCGGGUUGUUUUUUAUUCACUAUAUUGCCUUUCUUAAUCUUCUUUCUUUCGCAGGAAGAUUGUCAUGAAAUUAUUUGAAUUGUACCUCUCUUUUUUUGGGCUUCAGAAUAGGGUGACUAAAACUAGACUUCUAAUGCUACUGGAAAAUACUUGCUUGUCAGUUAAUUCAGUGAAGAGGAAAAAUGUUGAAUUUCUGUA